UGGUCUGCUCCAACGUCUACACGGCCGACAUUGUGUUCCUGGUGGACGGAUCCUCUAGCAUUGGAAGAGCCAACUUCCAAAUGGUCCGGAACUUCAUGGAGGGGCUGGUUGCCCCUUUUGUCAAUGUGGUGGGUGAGAGAGGGGUGCGCUUUGGAGCCGUGCAGUACAGUGAUGAGCCCAGGCUGCUCAUAAAGAAAAUGGUGGCUCAUUCAGUGGAUUCCACUCAAGAGAUGGGCUGGCAGAUCUGCAUCCUCAUCACAGAUGGAAAGUCUCAGGAUGAAGUUGAGGGGGCAGCUGCAAAGCUGAAGGAUCAAGGCAUUAAAGUCUUUGCUGUGGGCAUCAAGAACGCGGACAGCAGCGAGCUGACCAAAGUGGCUUCCACCCCCACGGAGGAUUAUUUCUUCUUUGUCACUGACUUUAAAAUCCUCUCAACUCUCUUGCCGCUGGUGUCACGGAGGGUGUGCACCAGCACCGGGGGCAUCCUACAGCCAGCAGGUACAGAGACAUAUGGUGGCCCCUCGAAUUUGGUCUUCUUGGAGCAGGGAACAGAUAUGCUGAGGAUCCGCUGGACAGCAGCUGGUGGUCCUGUAAUAGGCUACAAAGUCCAGUAUGUGCCUCUCACAGGCUUGGGGCAGCAAAUAACAGCUGAGAGGCAGGAGGUUAGUUUGGGACCUGGUGAGACGAGUACCGUGCUACGUGGUUUGAGGGGAGGCACAGAUUACCUGGUGACUGUUAUUGCUCAGUAUGCCAACAGCAUUGGAGAAUCCGUGUCUGGCAAAGGACGUACUC